AAGAUGAGGUUGAGGCAAAGAAGCAAUUUCAACUAUUUUGCCUACACGCAUUUGUUCAGUCGGAGGAAUCGGCAGUUGCAAGUUCUCUCCUAGACGCUUUCGAACAAGGCGAUCAAGAACUUUUGGAGACAACUGUCCAUAGACAGAUUAUCACUUUUUUGGAUAAUGAUAUUGCAAAACUAGCCAGAGGAUUACAAGUGCCCGGCGGAAUAAGUCAAAGGCCACCUCAAAAAUUACCACUAGAGUCACUUGGUUUGAAUAAUAAAGUGAUUCACACUCAUGGUCAACAGCAAAAUACCACAUACGAUCAGAAGGAAAAUGACCUUGUCGAUAAUCGCGGGGAAUCAUUACCCGAAUUUAACGAAAACAACAAUGGACAACAAAAUUUUUCUAACGAUGACGAUAUAUACGACAGUUAU